AUGGACGCCUUGGUCAACCAAUACAUGGCCGCUACGGGCAACGCCGCAGGUAUCGCUGAUUUGAUCACCACGGACCAGGCUAAACUGGUCGAUCUCGUGCAGCUGCUCGGAGAAUACCUCGUUGACGAGUCUGCCAAAACCCGACAGACCGCCAUCCAAUGCAUCUCUGACGUGCUCAAAGAUCUGCCUACUGACAAACUGACCAAGCAGCAACUCACUGUCAUCUGCGAGUUUCUCAGCGAACGUCUGGCCGACGAGCCCGUCACGGGCCAGGUUCUCGACGGCAUGAACGCCGUGGUCACCAUGUCGGCCAUCAGCUCUCUGAGCGUCAAAAAAAUCGUGGACAGUCUCGUCGGCUACUACCUGCCCUCUUCACAUGUGCAGGUGGUCAGAUACAAGGCCUACGUUCUACUCCGAUACUUGACUGAGAAUAAGAGCCAGUCGCUCAAAAGCACUGCUUCAGCCCAGGAAGGCUUCAUCAAGUGUUUCCUGACCUGCACCAACGGCGAGAAGGACCCCCGAAACCUGCUGGAGUCCUUUGCUAUCAACGAGUGGAUCAGCAACAACCUGACUGUGCCUGAAAACGACGUGGAGCCGCAGUUUGACGCCACCUUCUGCUACUUCCCCAUCACCUUUAGACCCCCCAAAAAUGACCCCUACAAGAUCACAGCUGAUCAGCUAAAGGUGGCGCUCAGAACCGCUCUGGCGGCCGGAAAACAGUACUCCAAACUCAUCUUCCCCGCACUGCUGGAAAAACUCACCUCGUCGUCGUUAUCGGUCAAGGGAGACACUCUGGACACCAUUGCAGCAUGUAUCGCCAACUACGGUCCGGAAAUCACCGCCGAAAAUUGGAAGGACAUCUGGGACGGAACCAAAUUCGAGGUUUUGCAUGGAAGCGAACCUGAGCUGGCAGGAAAGACCCUUACUGUUCUAAAACGUCUCGCAGAAGAGCUGCAGAAGCACGGAGACCAGUCACAGCUGGAUGAGUACCUCACAAACGUUGAAACUGACUGCAUGGACAAGCUCAAGGACCCCACAAACCGUCUGAGCACCCAGGCAGCCCAGAUCGUGGCGUCUGUCAGUUUGGCAGGUGUAGACGUUGCUAAAAAGCUUACCACUCCGGCGCUUUCUGCUAUCCUGGCCGUCACUGACACUCAAAUCCCCACUCUGACGUCCAUCUGUGAGAUUCUGCUCAUUUUCCUCAAGUCGUCCCUCCCCAAUGUCACUUCUACACCUCUGUUUGAGUUCAAGGACCGCGUUUUCGAUGUGCUGGCCAAGGCCCUGCUCUCCAGUCCGGAGUCCGAGUCUUCUCUGCGCAUUCUGGCCAUCAAGGGUUUCUCCGCCGCCGUCAACAUCACCGAGUUCCUCUCUCAAACAGACACAGAGCUGAUUGUCCGGUACCUGGAUGACGUCAUUGUCAACGACACAAACACAAAAACCCUGCAGGCUGCGGUAGACGCACUUGUUCUGAUUGCUGAGAAGCCCGGAAACGCAGGAAUUAUUCAAAACAUCACCUUCCCGGCUCUGCUUUCAGAGUUGCCUGCUUCAGACUCUGACAAGGAAGCCAAGACUCGAAUUCUGUUCCUGCUAUCUGUUUUGGCCAAGGUGAGUACCUCUAAGACUUUGAUUGAGGUUCUCCAAGUCAGAAUACUGUCCCACAUGGAUACCGUUACUGGGAGCACUGCGUUGUAUCCCACUCUGCUUCUGCAGACUCUUCUGAGCGCCCUGAAGGAACAGGAGUCCAAGGACAACUUUGAUACCACAUCGUAUCUCAAGUCCACCUUCCCCAGAUUGUUUAAGACUGCCUUUGAUGCCAGCUACUCGGGGUCCCCUGCUGUCAUGGCCACUCCUCAAGUGACUGAAGCUGCUGGACGAAUCCUCACCUCCAUCACCCGUCAUUGCACAGUUCAGGAUCAAGUUCUGACAAGUCUCUUCUCCCUCUUCUUCAACGGAACCACCAGUGAUAUCUUUCCGAGUGCCACCCUUCCCGAGAAGCAAAAGUUCAACGUCCUUGAUACUCCUCUGCCCUGUAUGAGUCUUUUGACCUCUUGUUUUGCUCCUCUGAGUCGCGACCUCGAGCUGCCCAAGCUUCACGACCCCUUUGUUCUUCUGAGAAGCGUCAUCAGCACUGUUUCUGGCACUGCCGAUCCAGCCAUUCGACGACACUACCUUCGAUUUGCUGGUCUUCUCACAAACAAAUGGAUCAACACCGCCGCUUCUCCGCAGGCUGUGGCGUUUGUUACUGACCUGCUGGAGACCGCCACUCUGGACGCACUCGAAUCCGCUGCCUGGAUUAUAAAGGGCUGGUUGCUGAAGAACGACUCCACAGCUUUCAAGUUUGUGGAUACUCUUGUGGGCAUGCUCCCUGGCGCCAAUGGACUGGUGGCAGCCAAAUCGUUCGAUAUUCUACUUGGAGACGAUGAACUAUUUGUCAAGCAAAAUUCGGUUGUCAUCCGACAGCUUUACAAGCAGCGGCUUUUUGUUUCUGUGGUGCCCAAGCUGGUUCAGGGCUACAAGGACGUUGACGAUAAAGUGCCCUACGUCGUUGCUCUGUCCAACAUUGUCAACUCUGUCCCCAGCUCCAUUGUGUCGCCUGCACUCGAAAGCAUCAUGUCUCUGGUGGUGGACUCUCUGAGUGUUUCUGAGGCCCGGGUCAAGACUGCUGGCAUCGACACAAUCCUCGCUACCAUUGGACAAACCGAUAUUGUGGCCUCCUAUCUCGACGAGCUUGUUCCUUCUCUUCUGGACGCUGCAUUCUCCUCGCCUGCUGUCUCCAUCAAGGCUCUUCAGUGUCUGGGAGCCUUUGCAUCCACUGUCGAUCUUCCAAAGAUUGUUCCUUUCAAGCAGCGAAUCAUCAACUCCUUGACUCCUCUCUUGGACCACAAAAAACGAGACGUGCGACGAGCCUGUGUUGAUACUCGACAGGCUUACUUUGAGCUCGGCAUUAACAAGUAG